AUGAUCCGUAAAGUUUUUGUUCAAUCAAGACAAUACACAAAUUCAAGAAUAAUUUUUAACCAACCUGCUUCAUCUUUCACUUCAUCUACAACCACUAAUACCUCCACAACAAGUAAUAAUACCUUGGAUAUUAAAACACUCAAAAGAUCAAUUCUUGAUGCUGCUGUUGAUAAAUAUGUUCCAACUCUCGGAUGGUCAGUUGAUGCUAUCUCUGAAGCCUCAAAGGAUUUCGGAUUGAGUCCAAUGGCAUCUUCACAACUUUUCGCAACUGGUGCCACAAGUUUAGGACCAGAAACUGAAUUGAUUCAACACUUUUUAACAAAAUGUAAUAGAGCUAUGAGUGUACAAAUUCAAACAAUGGACAAGACAGGAAUGGAUACACCAACAAUUAUUAAAAAAGCUAUUCGUGCUAGACUUGAAAUGGUUGCUCCAUUCGUCAAGUGUGGAAAAUGGACAGAAGCCAUGUCUACCUUUAUUUUCGGACCAAAUCCACUUGUUGAUGGUCCAACCCAAAUUUUCAAUCAAUUAACUGGUUUCAAAACAUCAGGAACUCAUAGUGGACUUGGACCUGUUAAUCAAGUUCAUGGUUUAAAUGCUCUUUACAAUGCUGCCAUAUUGUCUGAUGAAAUUUGUCAUAUUUCUGGAAUCCGUGACACUGAUAUUCAAUGGUACAUUAAGAGAGCUGGUGUUGGAAUGGUUUAUACUAGUUGUGAAUUUUUCAUGUUGACUGAUAGUAGUCCUGAUUUCCAAGAUACAUGGAAUUUCUUAGAUAGAAGAAUUGACGAAUUGACUGUUUUACAAUCUGUAAAUGAAGGUGUCUCAAACAUUUUGGGAGGAAUUUUCUCUGCUGUUUUUGCAAUGGCCUCAGUUCCACCAUCAACAACUAACACAACUACUCAACAACAAACAGAACAAACUCAACCACCUUCCACAAACUAA